UCCGCGAACUCCUUCUGCAGCCCGGCUGCAGCGCCAACCCCAAGCGGGAAAGGAACGGGCGGAAGCGGCGUCGGCCUGUCGUACUACGCAUGUGUAGUCCCGCAUUGUCGCUGGGGGGCUGCCGAGUCGGGGAUUUUUCUAAGGCCCAUCUCAAGAAUUGGUGUUGUGAAAAAAACCUGAUGUGUUCUUUCCAGAUUGUUCCUAAACGGAUAACUGCCCAGCUAAUUUGUGGACUCAAGUCUUCAACCCUCAUAGGAACCAAAAUUUGCCCAACAAUGGCUCGUCCAAGUUCAGACAUGGCAGAUUUCCGGAAGUUUUUUGCAAAAGCAAAGCACAUAGUCAUCAUAUCAGGAGCUGGUGUCAGUGCUGAAAGUGGAGUUCCAACUUUCAGAGGAGCUGGAGGUUACUGGAGAAAAUGGCAAGCUCAGGACCUAGCCACCCCUCAGGCCUUCACCCGAAACCCAUCCCAAGUAUGGGAGUUCUACCACUACCGGCGUGAGGUCAUGCAGAGCAAGGAGCCAAACCCUGGGCACCUUGCCAUCGCUGAAUGUGAGGCCCGGCUGCACAAGCAGGGCCGACGGGUCAUGGUUAUCACUCAGAACAUUGAUGAGCUGCACCGCAAGGCCGGUACCAAGAAUCUUCUGGAAAUCCAUGGUAGCUUAUUUAAAACUCGAUGUACCUCUUGUGGAGUUGUGACUGAAAAUUACAAGAGUCCAGUUUGUCCAGCUUUAGCAGGAAAAGGUGCUCCAGAACCCGAAGCUCAAGAUGCCAGAAUCCCAGUAGAGAAGCUUCCCAGGUGUGAAGAGGCAGGUUGUGGGGGCCUACUGCGACCUCACGUAGUCUGGUUUGGUGAGAACCUGGAUCCAACAAUUUUGGAAGAGGUUGACAGAGAGCUGUCCCUCUGUGAUUUGUGUCUCGUGGUGGGGACUUCCUCUGUGGUUUAUCCUGCUGCCAUGUUUGCCCCCCAGGUAUCUGCAAGGGGAGUCCCAGUAGCUGAAUUUAACAUGGAAACCACUCCAGCCACCAACCGAUUCAGUCACUUGGUCUCCAGUUCUUCACUAGUGAAUAUAAAUAAUUAAAACAUAGGGGCUGCCACUAGGGAAAGAUAGGGACAGGCUACGUGUAUGGAUCCACCUAUCAUCACCCAUGUUCAGCAGAGGAGCAAUUACAGAAGCCAGACCAUCCACCUUCUGCACCCCCUAAUGAUCCUGGGUCCAUGCUUCCAGAGGGAUAAAGAAUAGGAAAGCUUUCAAAGGAGGGGAUGGGAUGUGGAACUCUUGGUGGAAUUGUAUGGAAUUGUACCCCUCUCACCCUAUGGUCUUAUCGGUAGUUUUUAUUUUAUUAAUAAAUUAAAAAAAAAAACCAUCGGGGCUGGGAAGAUAGUAUAAUGGCUAUUCAGAAGACUUUUGUGUCUGAAGCUCUAUGAUCCCAGGUUUAGUCCCCAGCACCAUGAUAAACAGAGUUGGUCAGUGCUCUGGUUUGUUCUAUAUGUCUUUAUCUCUCUCUCAUUAAAAAAUAAACAAAUACACACACACACACACACACACACACACACACACACACACACACACACAGCAUCCUUGAAUAGAAGUAAGGAAAUAAGGUAGUGGAGAAGGAACCCAGCCCAAGUAAAGAGUUAACACUGCUUCUCAUAUCCUGGACUGGCCAUCAGGUUCUGGGCAUCCACUGUGUUUGGUUCUGGAGGUCACAUGUUUUUGUGUGAAAGGAAUCUGUACUUGGUAGUUCUUUCUAAAGUCAAAAACCGA